GAAUCCUGCCACUAUAAAUACCGUAACCUUUCACAUUCUCUUACUCCAUGAAAACCUCAGUGUUUCAAAAAAGCAUGGCCGACCUAACAACACGAGAAGCGUCUAAGAAAAAAGUUAACGGUUUCUUCAUCACGGUAACGGCGCUGAUGACAGUGAUCGCAAAGCGAGCGAGUCGGUUGCCGUUGAAGCUGAAGGCGGCUCCAACGAGGGAGGACCGGAAAACUGAAAUAAAGUCGCCGAAGAAGCUGCUUAAAAAUAUUAGCUUCAAAACGCUGCCGUUUAUUGCGAAUAUGAGGAAUAAGAGCAAGAAGAAACGGCAUGGGAAGGAGGAAUGGGGAGAUGGUGGGUUGUGGCAGAAGACAAUCUUGAUGGGGGACAAGUGUGAGCCGUUGGAUUUCUCGGGCGUAAUUUACUACGAUAAUAACGGGAAACAGGUGAACGGGCUCCCUAUCAGGUCCCCACGUGCGAGUCCCGCGCCUGGGUUUUUCAUCCAACCCAAGCUGCCUUGAUUUUUGUCAAACGUGCUUUUUAUAUUUGUAUGUUUAUUUUUCUUUUCUUUUUAGUUUUUCCUUUUUGGAGACGGGUUGAAAAAUUGUAUAAAGUUGAAACCUCUUAAUAAUAAUGUUUUUAAAACCAAACUGAAAACUCUGAAUCACCGCUGUGUAUGAUUCGAUUAUUUAAUGGUUUAACUUUCCAUUCAAUUGGUUUAAAACGGUUGAAUCAUAACUUGAAGGUUGAUGUCGAUCUGUUCGGUUUUUUAAAUAUUGUUGUUUAGUAAAACAGUAAAAUAAUAUGUAGUUUGUGAUGAAAUAAAUUUAUAUUUCUGUUUGGGUUACA